UUCACCAAACUACUGGGUCAACUGUUCUGUCUCUAGGUCCAGUCUCCUUUGAAGCAUGAGUUCCUACCAGCAGAAGCAACAGCACACCCUGCCUCCCCAGCUUGAGCAGCAGCAGGUGAAACAGCCCCAGCUGCCCCCACCUCAAGAAACAUUUGUUCCCAUAACUAAGGAGCCAUGCCAAACCAAGGAUCCUGGCCACACCAAGGUUCCUCAGCCGGGCCACACCAAGGAUCCACAGCCUGGCCACACCAAGGAUCCACAGCCUGGCCGCACCAAGGAUCCACAGCCUGGCCACACCAAGGUUCCUCAGCCUGGCCACACCAAGGUUCCAGAGCCAGUCCACCCUCAGGUCCCUCAGCAUGACAGGCCUAUGAUCCCUGAGCCACUUCCUCCAGUGGUCAUUCCAGACCUAUCCCAGCAGAAGACCAAGCAGAAGUAAUGUGGUCUACAGCCAUGCCCUU